GGCUUUCAAGUGCUGUCAAGCUGAUCUUCCAACACUCAACGCUGUUCAUUUCUCCUGGGGUAAGUCGAGUUAUCCCGACGUGCCUACAAGGGCCAUGCCAUUUUAUCAGCAGAGACAGAAACAGGUUAGCCAGGAAUAUCAAAGCACAAAACAUGCCAUCCAGCAGAUUCAAACAAGGAAAUUGUGCUCUAAGUCGGUGAAGACGGAGCAGGGAAAGGCCACGGAGGCAAUGGCAGAACCAGCCUAUAAGGUGCCAGCUUUCAGGCAGAGGGAACCAGAAGGAAUGCAGGAGUAUCAGCGCAUGGCUGCUCAUUUUGGGAGAGACCUGACAACCCUGCAGCAGGAGCUGCAUAGAAUUAAAGUAGCCACUCAAGAACAGGUGGAGAACAUUGAUAUUACGAGAGAGGUCAGGGAAAGAAUGUCGGUUCAUAGGAAGGAAGUUCCUACUGAGAUCCCCAAAGUCCCAGACUUCCUGGUGGGCCUGAGAUCUCACACCGUGUGGGAGAAGACUCCAGUCAAACUCCUCUGCACUGUGUCCGGCUAUCCCACUCCCAUUGUCAAAUGGUAUAAGAAUGAUAUUGUGAUUGAUCCACUGAGUGUACCUGGAAAGUACAAAAUUGAGAACAAAUAUGGAGUUCAUGGUCUGAUUAUUAGCAGAUGUUCUGUAGCCGACUCUGGAGUGUACAGUGCUGUGGCUAUCAAUUCUGAGGGGAAGGUUGUCUCCAAGGCCACAGUGUGUGUAAGAAGAGCAACUGGACCAGGAGAGAUCUCCCAUCUGCCUGGGCCCUUGCUGAGUGGUAUCCACCGUAGCAAGCUGGAGGUGUUCUUGCUGGAAAGUUUUGGUGUGACCUUUGGUAAUGAGGGCGAGUCGCUAACUCUGGUGGCUAACAUGGUGGUAGUGCCUGAUCUUCCAAACCUGCCACCUGAAGUUAUGUGGUACAGAGAUGAUAUUCUACUGAAGCCGUCCAGAUGGGUGGAGAUGUCCGUUGGUGGUGGAACUGCCAAGCUCACUUUUCCUCACCUGAACAAGGAUGAUGAAGGUCUGUACACCCUACGCAUCUGGACCAAGGAUGGAACCACCGAGCACAGUGCCUACCUGUUUGUCAAGGAUGCUCCUCCCACUGUGAAUGGGGCCCCAGGGGCUCCUAUGGACGUCACCGUCUCUGAUGCCAAUAAGGAGUAUGUCCUUGUCUCCUGGAAACCCCCCAACACCACCAACGAGCCUCUCAUCACUGGCUACUUUGUGGACAGGCGUAAAUCUGGGACUAAUGACUGGGUCCAGUGCAAUGCCACCCCUGUUAAAGUGUGUAAGCUCCCUGUGCAUGGGCUCUCUGAGGGGGCCUCGUACCACUUCCGGGUGAGGGCCGUGAACAGCGCGGGCAUCAGUCUGCCCUCCAGGAUGUCCACUGGUGUGACGGCUGCGGAUGUGGAGAGCGACAUCCAAGUGUGUGUUACGUUGCCAGGGCCUCCAACAGAUGUGCAUGCUUCUGAAAUCAAUCAGACCUAUAUUGUUCUGAGCUGGAACCCACCCAGCCCCCGUGGACAGGCAACUGUGUGGUACCUCAUUGAGAAGUCGGUAGGUGAUAGUAACUUUUGGCAGAGGGUCAACACAGGUGUGCAGAUCCGCUCCCCACGCUGCCCUAUUUUUGAUCUGGAGGAUAAGAAGGCAUACCGUUUCCGCGUUAUCUCAGUCAACAAACAUGGUCCAGGCCAGCCUUCCGAGCCAACAGCGCUCCUCCAGAAGGCAGAUCCUUAUGUCAGUAUUCCAGACAUUGGAGUUCCCUCAGCUCCAGGCCAGGUGAUGGCUUCCAGGAACACAAAAACAUCUGCUUUUGUGCACUGGGAACCCCCCAAAAAUCCCAACAAUCUCAUAGGCUACUAUGUGGAUUGCUGUGUGGUUGGAUCCAAGGUCUGGACCCCCUGUAAUCACAGGCCCUAUAAACACACCAGGUUUGUGGUCCACGGCUUGACUGCUGGGGAUACGUAUCUUUUCCGUGUCCAGGCAGUGAAUGCCUAUGGCCUGAGUGAGGAGUCUCAAGUGUCUGCGCCCCUCUUCGUUGAUGCUGCUCUCGCUGCCCCGUCAGCCCCAUACGGAAUCGCUCUGCUCAGCUGUGAUGGAUCCUCCAUGACUGUGGCCUGGAAAUGCCCCAAACGCACCGGGGGCUCCAGAAUCACCUCCUACUACCUGGACAAGCGGGAAGCAGACUCUGUUAACUGGAAGGAGGUCAGCCCCAGCCCUGCAACCAAGAGGGUAUAUAAGGUGGAGAACCUGACUGCUGGAUUGUUCUACGAGUUUAAGGUCCAGGCUGCCAACUUGGCCGGCGUUGGUCUGCCAUCUGAGCCCAGCAGACCUUUCGCAUGUGAGGCAUGGACCAUGCCCCAGCCCGGCCCUGCAUAUGACCUCAGUUUCUGGGAGGUGCGGGAUGACUCUCUGCUGCUGCAGUGGAAAGCUCCAGUGUACGUUGGUGCCAGCCCAGUCACUGGCUACUUUGUGGAAAUGGCUAAGAAGGGAUCCCCUGAUUUUGUUGUGGUGAACACUGAAGCUGUGAACCGCUGUUACCUGAAGGUAACUGGUCUGGAAACAGGGGCUUGGUAUGUGUUUAAAGUAUAUGCGGUGAAUGUAUCAGGUAAAGGAAAGGACUCAGAUGUUUCUGAGGCUGUGUGUGCAAAGACAUUGCAAGGUACCAAGGGGCUUGUAAGUGGGGUGGAUGAGGAAACUGGAGAUAUUUUCCUGUCCUUCGAGGCCCCUGAGAUUUCUGAGCUUUCUGAGUUUAUUUGGUCAAAGUCAUACAAAGAAAUCACAGAUUCCAGUAGAGUCAAAGUCUCAACUGUGGGAAGACGUUCAAGGCUGACACUUCUGAACCCUGAAAAGGAAGAUCUGGGCCUCUAUUCUGUGGCUGUGACAGAAGCAGACGGCGCCUCAGCCAGUCAUACUGUCACAGAGGAAGAACUCAAAAAAUUGUUUGAGCUCAGCUACAACAUCAGAAAUCCAAUUGUUCCCCUGAAGACCGAGCUGAACUAUGAGAUCCUAGAGAAGGGCCAUGUGCGUUUCUGGCUGCAAGCCCAGAAGAUAUCCUCUGCUGUGUCCUACAGGUUCAUCAUUAAUGAUAAGGAAGUCACCCGUGCUGAGGGUCACAAGAUCAGCCAUGAUGCUUCCACAGGAAUAAUUCAGAUGACUGUUGAGCACUUCACGAGGGCCAACGAGGGCACUUACACCCUGCAGAUCCAUGAUGGGAAAGCCAAGAGCCAAAGCUCCCUUGUGCUUGUGGGAGAUGUUUUCAAGGUUGUAUUGAAAGAGGCUGAGUUCCAGAGAAAGGAACACAUCAGGAAACAAGGACCUCAUUUCUCAGAGUACCUGACUUUCCAUGUGGAUGAUAACUGCACUGUUAUGCUUGUAUGCAAGUUGGCGAAUGUGAAGAAAGACACCACCUUCAGUUGGUUUAAAGAUGAUGAGGAAAUCACUCUUGAUGUUGCCCCUAACCCAAUGUCUGGAGGCUGUGCUCUUCCUAUCCCCUUGUUCUCCAGAAAAGACCAGGGAAUUUACAAAGCUGUACUGAGUGAUGAUCGUGGAAAGGAUACUUCUAUUUAUGACAUAUCUGGCAAAGUAUUUGAGGACAUCAUCAAUGCCAUUGCCCGCAUUGCUGGUUCCUCUGCUUCUGACCUGAUGAUGCAGUGCACUCCAGAGGGCAUCAGACUGCAAUGUUACAUGAAAUACUACACAGAGGAGAUGAAGACCAGCUGGUUCCACAAGGAGAGUAAGAUCGCCUCCUCAGAGAAGAUGAGGAUCGGAGGCACAUGUGAGAUGGCCUGGAUGCAAAUUUGUGAGCCUACUGAUAGGGAGAAGGGUCAUUACUCGAUCGAGAUCCAUGAUGGCAAGAAUGCCCACAUCCGCACCUUUGACCUUUCUGGACAAGCAUACACUGAGGCCUAUGCAGAAUUCCAAAGACUCAAGGCUGCUGCCUUUGCUGAGAAGAACCGUGGCAGGGUAGUUGGUGGACUACCUGAUGUUGUCACCAUUAUGGAGUAUAAGACCCUGAGUUUAACAUGCACAGUUUGGGGUGAUCCCAAGCCAGAAGUUACCUGGUUUAAAAAUGAGCAGGAAGUCGUGUCUGAUGAUCACAACCAGAUCUCCUUUGAGAGUGGCAAGUUUGCCAGCCUUACCAUCAAGUCUGUCACUGUGGAUGACUCGGGCAAAUAUAGCAUCAAUGUGCGCAACAAGUAUGGUGGCGAGUUUGUUGAGAUCACGGUCAGCGUCUACAAGCAGGGGGAGCAGAUCCCUGAACCCAAACUGGGCCAGAUGUCUAGAUCCAGCGCAGCGCCCAAACCAGCUGCACCACCCUCCACAAAGCCCCAAACUCCUACACCAUCCAUGAAGUCCCCCACCCCCACCCAACCCCACUCUGUUAAAUCUCCAACCCCAACCCCACCUCCAAGCAUGAGGUCUCCUCCCCCAGCUCCUAAAUCCCCUACCCCACCGAGGAGUGCCAAGUCUCCCACCCCCCCCAGGUUUAUGAGGUCCCCAACUCCCACUAAGAAGUAAACACAAGGUUUUUUGCAGCUUCAGUAUGUUAUUGUUGCAAAGAGUGCUUUAUAACAUUAGGAAAGCUGGCCUCUACAUCAGCUUUCCAUUUUUAAUAAGGUGGCAUCUGAUUCAGUAAUUCUCUCCCUUAUUUACCCCCCCCCCCCCCCAAAAAAAAAGGGUUGGGAUUGAUUCUCUUAGAUCAUCUUAAAACUCAAAAUGUUGCAUCCAGCAUAUAAACCCUCAGUGAAAUUGUGAAACAAAUACCUGAUAUAGUUUGCAAGUUUGUUUGUGUUUAUAUGUUGUACACAUCAAGCCAAAAAUAUGAGGAUUAUGAAGUUGAAUCUAAAAGGGUCUGUUUACUAAAGCAGGCACCAUCACUGCAAACAGCAUCACUACAUCACUGUCUUGUCUCAUUUUGUCCUGCAGCUUUAGAAUUAUUUGGCAAUUAAAACCAGUGAUCAACUUC